AUGGCUUCUAUUGAUGAUGAAAGUGGUUCGUCUAGUAAGAAAACAGUUGGUAAACGUGGUGUGACCCGAUUGCAAAAAAUUCACAAAGCCAAAAGCAAUGGAAAGAGAAUUGAGGUUCAAUGGAAUUCCAGAGGUCAACCAAUCAAGCAUAAUAGCAAGACUUUUGCUAGUUUCAUUGGUGUCACAGUUCGUCGGUUAGUUCCAAUAAGCUUGGACAAUUGGAGCGCGAAAAAAAAUAAAGAGGUUGUGGGGGUUUAUAAACAAAACAUUUGGGAUGAAAUUGAAAAAGCUUUUAUAAUUGGCGAGGAACAUCCUGCCUUUGUAUAUAGAGAAGAUAGAAAGUUGCACAGGGCAUUCAGAACAAAAAUGGCGAGGUCAUAUCUAAAAGAUAGUAAGGGUGGUUUUGUUAAACAUCGUCCGGCCAAAUAUUCUUUUUGUAUAAAACAAGAUGAUUGGGAUAAAUUUGUAGCCCAACAUAUGACUGCAAAGUUUCAGAAAGUUAGUGAUGAGAAUCGAGAAAGAGCGUUAAAUCCUCAACAUCCCUAUAGAAAGUCACGUUUAGGGUGUGCUCGUCUUGAAGCUGAUAUGGUAGAAGAGUCAGAAGUUGGUGAGAUAAACCGUAGUCAAGUGUGGAAGGCUGCCCGCGUCAAUAAGAGCGGGGUGAUUGAUAAUGAGAAUGUUCAAAGAGUUGUGGAUCAAUGUGAGAAGUUAACAGAAGCUCUAUCUGAAGAAGAGAGACAAGACCUUGGUCCCACAAACAUAUUAUUUGAGGCUCUUAAUCUCCCAAACUACUCUGGACGUGUUAGGACUUAUGGUUUUGGGGGUCUCUUUCCUGUUAAUAUAUAUUUAUCCUCCCCGAGUCGUUGUUUGGUUGCUCGUGGAAAACUAUAUAACACCAAAGGUAACACGGUACAUGGCAUGACGUUACCACCUGGAUAUGUCAAGGUUAAUAUCGAAGUUGCUAUUGUGCCAAAUGCCCCAUUGCCUAUAUCUGUUGAAGAUGGAGAUGUAUCCAUGGUUGGUCAAGCAAUAGGAACAAUUGUGCCAUGGCCAACGAAACUUCUUGAAUUUGUUGUUGAAUGUGAAAAGAUUCCUGGUCAAUCCCAAAACAAAGAGAGUAUAAAGGAGAUUCUUGAUCACAAUUGGUUAAGUGCAUCUAUUAUCACUGUAUUUUCCAGGUAUUUGUAUGACAAGUUUAUUAGUCCAAAUGGAUUAAUAAAUAAGUUCUCUUUCAUAUCUCCACAUGUAUCACGGGAGGAUAAUCUAGGAAAUGGUAUAGCAAAAAUACUUUUGAAAGAUGAGGAGUUCAAGGAUAAGAUGAUUCUUGCACCUUGUAAUCUAGGGAAACAUUGGGUGUUGCUUGUCAUCAAUCUCAAUGCUGAGGUGAUAUAUUACAUGGAUCCGUUGAAUGGUGAGCCAACAAAACAUCAAAAUUUUAAAACAAAGUUUGAGAACGCGUUGCAAAUUUAUCGUGCUAAUAGUAGUUCUAAAGUGCCUAAAGUGUCAAAGUCAAAGAAAAUCUCAUGGCAAAAAAUAAAGUGUCCUCGUCAAAUUAAUGGCGUUGAUUGUGGAUACUUUGUAAUGCGAUUUAUGAAAGAGGUCAUCAUGGAAAAUGAAUUUAUGAUCCCCACAAAUUACUUUUUUGACCACAAAUGUCGUACCUACUCUCAUGAUAAGUUAACUGAGGUUAAGGAGGAUUGGGCUACUUAUGUGGUGGAUGAUGUUUUCGAUGUUUAA